AUGUCAGUUUAUGAUAAUUGCGAUCAAGAAUAUAUCCAUCAUGAUGAUAUCUCACCGUUUUGUGCUAAUUUAUUAGAAAAGAGAACUUUUGAAUAUGAAAUAGAAAAUUCAUGGAAUCCAUCUCAAGAUUCUUUAAAACGUGAUGCGAAUCCACUAGAUGACGAAUUAUCUUAUUAUAAUUUAAUUUAUUUUAAGUCCUCUAAUGAACCAACAAAAAAUGAAGAACGACGUAUUCUCAAACGUUCCGAAGAUGUUUCUUCAUCUAAUACUACUCUCGAAAAUGAUAAAAAUGCAACAUUAGUAGAAAGUGUUGCAGAAGCCAUAACAAACGAUUUAAAAAAAAUAAAAUCCAUUUUCGUAAAUCCUCCCGAAGCGGAAUUAGGUUCUGAUGGAUGGCCAGAUAAAUUGAUUUAUGAUCCUUCAAAGGAUGAAACUUACUGGUGGCGUAAUGAUCCCGUGUUAAAUUUAUUUCAUGAGCAUUGGCAUCUGGUUAUGACUUCUUCUAAUAUCGGUGGAACUGCUAAAGAUCGGGAGGGUGAAAACUUUAUUUAUAUGCACAGGUUUAUGUUGGCCAGAUAUGAUGCGGAACGUAUUGCUGUUGGUAUUGGAACUGUAAUACCUUUACCUGACUACAGGACACCGAUACCUGAACCAUUUUAUCCUCCUCCAUAUUUAUUCACGGAUCUUGACGGUGAUAAGGUUCCAUUUCCGGCUCGUCCUCCAAACCAAACAUUUCGCGAUAUUUUUCGACUUGUUUCUGACGAAUCAUCAAUUACAACCGUCAAGAAUUUAGAAAACAUGCUAUACAAACUAGAACAAUGGCUCGAUGGAGAAACAAACAGUGAAUAUCCUGACAAAUUACAGUUCGUUGAUUCAGAAGCAAAUUUAUUAGGUCAAGAGAUUGAACAAGGAUUACAUAAUGUGGGCCAUAUGAUGUUAAGUUAUAUUAUGCAUCCUUAUGCUGUCGGUUACGCUCCUAGUGUAUUGGUUGGUGCACGCGCCGGUACACGUGAUCAAUUAUUCUGGAGAUGGCAUCGUCACAUAGAUAAUAUUUUUGAUAAAUGGCAAACUAAAUUGGGUCCUUCUGAUUUUCAUCAUGAUGCUCCAAAUGUUACAAUCAAACAUACAGAUAUCUUUUUGGUUUUUACUGAUGUUUUACUUGAUGCUAGUGUAACUACAGAUCUGGAUUUUUUAGAAUUUGGAAAAUUAACUUUUGGUGGUGAAAAUUUCGAAAAAGAUUUAUCAAAUAAUUCGUAUGUUACUGAUGUUUUAUAUACAAAGAUGAAAAAUAGGACUUUAGUAUGGAGAGAGGAUUUAUAUGAAGAGGAGAAUAUCACUUAUUUAUAUCCAAGAGAUUGGCAAUAUUUUUUUAGAGUAAGGAAUGAUGUAAAUGUUACUUCAAUCGUCACUUUUCGAAUCUUCAUUGUUCCCGAAGAAUUAGCCAAUUCACAUGUUCAUUGGAUAGAACUUGAUAAGUUCAAAAAAUCCCUUGCUCCUUUCGAAAAAACUGUAGUAGUUCGAUCCUGUGAUAAAUCAAUCAUUAUCCGAAAACCUGCCCAAAAGACAGAAGAGCAAUUAGAUGAAAUCCAAAUUACUCCCGAGUUGACCAAUAGAAUGGUAAGACUUACCGUAAGACAAAAGUCUGAAAUGAUGUUUUGUGAUUGUGGUUGGCCUUAUAAUCUAAUUAUACCGAGAGGAAAGAAAGGUGAAGGAAUGAAGUUUAAAAUGAUAGUAUUUAUUUCUGAUGGAACAAAUGAUUUGGUACCAUUUUUUGAUCAAUGUGGAAGUUCCGUGUUAUGUGGAAGUGAAACAUGGGAUCAAUUUCUUCCAGAUAUUAGGCCUCUUGGAUAUCCAUUUGAUAGACCGUUUAAAAAUGGAUCGUACGUGGAAACUUUUAAAGGUUUAACAAAUGUUGCAAUUAGAGAUUUUAGAAUUGUAUGGACAGAUGAUGAUUUUCCAGAG